AUGGCACAAGAAGGCGUUAUCAACUUGACUGAGACCCUCUCGGCCUUGCCCCCUGUUCCCGCUUCGCACAAACAACUCCGCACUCAGACAAAAUCAAACAUCCAAUCCAGGACAUCCCCGGCUCCCGUGCUUGUUAUACUCGAUGAUGACCCGACAGGAACUCAAACCUGCCAUGAUGUCACCAUUCUCACAGUUUGGGAUGUACCAACAAUUGUUUCAACGUUUAAGCAAGUAGGAGCCGGCAAUGGCUUCUUCAUCUUGACAAACUCACGUGCUCUUCACCCCCCUCAAGCUCGAGAUCUCAUGAUUGAGAUAUGUACGAACCUCAAGGCCGCGUCACAGGAAGUCGAUCUACUGUAUGAAAUUGUCUUGCGUGGAGACUCUAUCCUUCGCGGUCACUUUCCCCUCGAGCCGGAAGCCGUAGAGCAUGUCAAUGGUGCAUUUGAUGCCUGGAUCUUAUGCCCAUUCUUCCUCCAAGGUGGACGAUACACUAUCAACGAUAUCCACUACGUCCAUGAAGGCGACCAUCUUAUCCCAGCUGCAGAUACACCGUUUGCCAAAGAUGCCACAUUUGGUUACAAGAGCUCCAAUCUGCGGGACUAUGUGGUGGAAAAGUCCAAAGGACAUAUUUCUCAGAGUAACAUCGACUCUAUCGAUUUGGAGACAAUUCGAGUGGGCGGACCAGAUGCUGUUUACCAAAAGAUAAUGGGGCUUCCAAAGAGAGAAAAGACUCCUAUUGUGUUGGUUAUCAACGCCGCUGCUGAUGAAGAUAUGGAUGUGGUCAUCACAGCGCUUCUUCGGGCUUCGCAGCAAGGAAAGAGAUAUCUCUACCGAACGGGCGCUGCUUUUGUCUCGUCACGAUUGGGAAUCUCGUCUAUACCACCUUUAUCUGCGUCUCAACUAGGUCUAUCCAAAGAAGUUGGUGGCCUGAUCAUCGCAGGCUCAUACGUUCCCAAGACGACUGCACAGUUGGAUUCUUUGGUCACCAAGUCAGGAGACAAUCUGACAACUAUUACUCUAAACGUCAAAGAACUUCUCGAAUCGGACGAGUCAGCCAAGCGAGACGUAUCAAAUGCCAUUGAACUCGCUACUCAGAAGAUCAAAAGCGGUCACGAUGUACUCGUCAUGACGAGCAGGGAACUAAUAGUCGGCAAGGAUGAAGUGGAGAGCUUAGAUAUCGGCUCCACGAUAGCCAAGGCUUUGGUCUCGUUCCUUCAGAACCUGGAGCAGAAACCACGGUACAUCAUUGCUAAGGGAGGUAUCACAUCUUCUGAUAUGGCAACCAAGGGAUUGAGAAUGAAGCGAGCUCUCAUUAUUGGCCAAGCUGCACCUGGAGUGCCGAUGUGGCGAUGUGAUGAACCAGAAUCCAAAUGGCCAGGGUUGAACUAUGUCGUGUUCCCUGGAAAUGUUGGCCAUAAUGAUAGUCUCUAUGAAGUUGUUAGGCAGUGGAGAGAGUUCAAGUAG